AUGAGUUCUUUUAAGUUGGUCUCGUCGUUCGAGGUGGAUUAUGCGCCUGUGAGUGUAAAGAAAUGGAAGUCCAAUAGAACAGGUCUUGAGGUUUGCUUGAUCGCGAAGGAGUCGCCCUCUGUGAGCGGUUGGUUCGCUCUGGCAACUGAGAUAUUUGACGAUAGCGGGUGUCCGCAUACUUUGGAACAUCUAGUUUUCAUGGGAUCUAAGAAGUAUCCGUAUAAAGGACUGUUGGAUAUCCUGGGAAAUUUGGCAUUCAGUACUACAAAUGCUUGGACGGCCACAGAUCAGACCGUUUACACUUUGAUGACAGCCGGCUGGGAAGGUUUCAAAAUGCUACUUCCAGCCUACUUGGACCAUAUUUUACACCCCACGUUGACUGAUGAAGCAUGUUACACUGAGGUUUACCAUGUUGAUGGAAAAGGAAAAGAAAAGGGAGUUGUCUAUUCUGAAAUGCAGGGAAUUCAAUUUGAGCCUUCCUUCGUUGCGCUUUUGGAAAAACAAAGAACUCUCUACAAACAUUCAGCUUAUAGAUCGGAGACAGGGGGACUUGUUGAGAAUCUACGUACCUUAACGAGCGAUGAAAUACGAAAGUUCCACAAGAAGCAUUAUAGGCCAGAUAAUCUAUGUCUUAUAAUAACUGGAAUGGUUGACGAAGAGGAGCUUUUGAAUAUCCUGAACAAGUUCGAUGCAGAAAUAACGCCAUUGCCCGAAAUUCCAAAUAAGCGGCCUUUUGUCGACUCUGUCCAAGAUGGCCCGUUGCCAUCAUCAGUUACGAAAACGGUAUAUUUUGGAGACGAAGACGAAUCCAAAGGUGACUUGACAUUGACGUUUAUUGGUCCGCGCGGCGUCGAUUUGCUCGAAUGUUUAGCGGUUGAAACACUGUCCAAGUAUUUGACGGACUCGUCGGUAUCCCUGUUCAGACAAACAUUUGUGGAGAUUGAAAAUCCGUUGGCUACGCACGUUUCUACGUACAACGAUGAUUAUAUUAAGACCGCUAUCAACAUAGAUUUUUCGAAUAUUUCGAUUGAGAACAUUGACGAGAUGCCAAAGAAAAUAACAGAAGUCCUUGCAUCCCAUGAAACUCAACUAGACAUUAAUAGAAUAAGAGAUGUGGUUGACCAAAGUAAGUGGGAUCUUAUUUAUGAGGCAGAAAAUGACGAUGAUACAUUUGUGACGUCUGUCAUUUAUCAGUUCAUCUAUGGGGAUAAAUCGAGCAGUGAUUUACCAGGCUACUUGAAGGAUCUAAAGGAUUACGAGAUUCUCAUGUCAUGGGAUGCUGCCACAUGGAGAACACUCUACAGGAAAUACUUUGUGAACAAUCCGUCAUUGUUCAUAAUAGCAAAGCCAUCGAAAGAGCUGUAUCGAUCCAACAGAAAGGCCAGCAAACAGUUGCUGAAAGACAGAAAAGCCAAACUAGGCCCUGAAGGCCUGAAAGAACUUGCUACCAAAUUAGAGAGAGCCAUGGAAAAAAAUAAUACUCCAAUCCCUGAAAAAAUCCUCGAAUCUUUUGGCUACCCUGACGUGGCCAAGAUCAAAUUCAUUCAGACCCGAUCAAUUGCCGCUGGAAUAAACCAUGACAUUGCCAACGACGUUUCUUCGGCGAUGGCUAGGAAGGUUGAAAACGACACACCAGAGGAUUUCCCACUAUAUCUGCAUUUUGAGAAUAUCAAAUCGAAUUUUGUUACUGUCGACCUGCUGUGUUCAUCGUUUGAAAUUGAUCAGGAGCUUUUAAACUACAUUCACGUUUUUGGCAGCCUUUUCACAUUACCCAUUGAGCAAGACGGUAAGCUUGUGCCCUAUUCGGAAGUGGUGAAAGACGUACAGAGAGACACUAUUUCUGCCAGUGUCUCCACCUCCUUCGACAACAAUUUCCAAGAAUUUGUCGAUUUCAGAAUUGUUGCAAGAAGUGAAAACUAUGGAAAGGUAAUUGAAUGGUAUACCAAGUUAUUGCUCCAUACCAAGUUCACGCAAGAUAGAGUUAAAGUCGCUGUCGAAAAAGCCUUGAAUAAUUUGCCAUCGAAGAAGCGGUCCGGGUAUUCGAUGCUGAGCACUCUUAUGAAUAAACACAUUAGAAGCGAAAGAUCCCUUGCCAGAGCUCAAAGGACAUAUCUCGUGGAGGAUUUCCUCAAGGACGUGCUCAAGAAAAUUGAUUUUGAUUUUGACUCGGUGGUCAAGAGCCUUGAACUGUUCCGUCGGCAGCUUAUAAAGCAAAACAAUCUGCGAGUGUUGAUAGUUGCGGAUGUUGCGAGAUUGGAACAUCCGGUGAGAAGCUGGGAGACGUUUGCAGCAAGUGUCAAAUCCACGUCAGAGCCACUCACCGAUCUACCAUAUACGUCUAAGGUUUUGACUGAUGUGGGAAGACUCGAAAGGUCUGGUAGGUGCUAUAUCAUUUCAACGCCCGGAUCAUCCGCUAGUUACAUGGAUUUGAUGGCAAGAAUACCGCAAGAUGCAAAUGUUUCUGAGUCUGCAAAGAUUUUAUUGGCGGCAGAGGUGCUCCAGUGUGUUGAAGGGCCUUUCUGGAGGGGCAUUCGGGGAUCUGGUCUAGCUUACGGUGCUAAUGUAUACCGUGUUGUUGAGUGGGGAACAGUCAUGUACGACAUAUAUCGUGGGAUUGACGUCGAGAAGUGUUUCGAGGUUGGCAAAGAAAUUGUUGAGUCUUAUGCAUCCGGUGUACAACAGAUCAACGGCAAGGCAUUGCACGGUGCCAUGUCAUCUGUUGUGAACUCUUUAGUCAAUGGUCAAACCAACUACGUCAAUGCAGCAUACAGAAAGUUUUAUGAUCAAGUACUCAUGAAAAGGGGUCCUGAUUACAAUCAAACGCUAGUCAAAAGUUUGUCACAAGUGACAUCGGAAGAUGUGGUCGACGUCUUAAAGAAACACUUUCUUCCGAUGUUCGAUCCUAAAUCGUCUGUGUGUUUUGUUUGUUGCAGUCCUUCGAAGGUGGAGAGCAUUGAGAGGUUCUUCAGCUCGAAAGGCUACGCUACUUCUGUGGAACACGUCGCUGCCGAUGACGACGAAGAAAAUUACGAAAGUGACGAAGAUGAGGAUGAUGAUGACGAAGAGGAAUAUUACAGCGAUACAGACGAUGACGGUGACGAGGGAGAAGAUGAAGACGAAACUGAUUCAAGUAGUGAGUAG